UUCAGACCUACAGCUUGUCUUAUCGUCAUAGUUGAACAAUAGUGUAAAGUGCAGAGCAACACAUGUAGCUUAUAUGCACCAAUGGGAUCUGUUUGAUUUACCACUAAUAAGCCCUCGCCACUUCAAAAAGAAACCUGCAGAGCUUGCCAAGAUAAACAUGGGAGUUUUUGACAGUUAACGCCUAGUUAAGAGAGAAAGAAUGACAGCUCAGUUGAGUAUAUAAGAGCUGCAAUUUGGACUCCCUCCGCAAAUCAGUGUUUCAGUCUCCAAGGAGGUGGUUAGACUUUGUGGUAAGCCACAGACUUGUAACAGAAUAGAUCCAAUAACUGUUCAUAAACUUAAGUCAUACUGAGAGACUUAACCUUUGGAUUGGCUACCAGACUCGACAUAAUCUGUUAAAGAUAUUGUCAUGCAAUAGCUGCAACCAAAGGAUCCAGUGCAAGAUUUCGCAAACUUACAGAGGUUUUAACAUUUUGCCACUGUAGACUUUGUGCAUCAUAUUUAUUGACUUCAAUUGCCUUUUUUCUAACUGGUUUCCAUACUUAACCCAUAUCUUGUGUACUUUUUGCAUCAGAGUGCAUCAAUAACUUUCUCACAACUGCUGUUUGCUGUGUGCUUUCAAAUGGCACUAUUAACUGGUUUGAUACUUCUUACAUGCACAAUCUUUGCCACUGAGGGCAGUGGAAGAAAUGGCAGUGGCAAUAGCAAUGAUGUUUCGACUUGCAGUUAUGACUUAGUUUUACGAGGAUGCAACCUUGGACAGAACCCUACAGAUGCUCCUCAGUCCAACAUAGAUGACCAUAGUGCCAGGCUAUCUGUCACAGAGAGGCUUAUCAACCAAAUGUUACAGAGAACCAAUAGCUCUGUUCCAAGGCAUCUUCUACAAAAGAUUAUUCAGUCUCAUUUAUCUUCGUCUGUAGAGAGAAAAUUGACCAAAAUGAUGGAGAGUUUUCAACACAAAGUAACCCGAAUGCUUAGAAAAAUGGAGUCACGCACAUGCUGUGGAAAUGUGCCAGAGAACGCAAGUAACUCCACUGGUGAGAGAAGUAUUAAAACCAGUCAAAAUACAGGGGUCUGCCCACAAGGUUUUGAAGGUUUCGAAAAUUGGGUCUCCUGCUACAAGUUCUCCACGUUUAACACCACUUGGGCUAAAGCCAUGGAAUAUUGUUCUGCUAUGGGUGGCUCCUUGGUCAAAAUCUGCACCACCAGAGAACACUUCAUUCUCAGCUUUCUGCUGAACAAUAACCAAGAAUUUGGUCAUAUUAACAGCUGGUGGACCAGUGGCCACUACUUUGUUGGCAUUAAGGAAUGGGCCUGGGCCAAAAUGGUCAAGUAUGAAACCUUCCGUUUCACAAACUGGCCCAACGGGGCCCCAAUGCCCCGGGAAGAAAGCUGUAUGUACCUAGAUAAGACCAACGACUACCAAUGGGGGAGUGCCCACUGCCAUGAGCGAAAAAAUUUCAUCUGUGAGGUGCCAUCUAAAAUCUGGCUGAACACCUAAAAGAAAAGGUUUCAUCCACCCUCUUAAAAUGUGAAAGACUUAAACGGGUGACAUUGACAUUGAUAUUCAGACAGCUAUUUGUUAUAGGGCUACUGUUAUAAUGUUGGAUAUACUGAUUUGAGCACAGUCAAUGAUAUACCUCAGACUUAUACUGUUGAUGUAAGAGUGUGUUGAUAUAAGUAUACUGGAUAUAACUAUAAGUAUCUAUCUCAUAAUUUGUUUAACAUUUGCUUAAAAAGUGAUAAUUUAUGCUGCCAAUGAGUCAGCGUUCAUCAUGUUCACUGUCAACAUGUCAACUUUUAUUUAACCAUAUGCCAGGCCAUUAUUAAGCAAUCUUUUGAUUUUCCAUAACUUGCCAAGAUUUUUUGGUUAUUAAUAUUUUUUUCAAUUUUAUCAAUAUUUACUACCCUUUUGAUUGAUUGAUAGAUAUCAAUAUUGUCAGCAAUGUCUUGAUUUCAGGGAGUAUUAUAUGCAUUUAAAAUCAAGCACCAACUAGUUUCUUUCAAAUCAAUAGAUCUCUCUAGAUGAUCAAAGCCAUUUAUUUAGCCAUAUACUUUGAAUCUUUAAAACAGAGCAAUUAAAAACAAAUAAUUUUGGAACUGCACAUAUUUCAUAUAAACUGUCUUGGAAAAUGUCAUGGAUGCAUCUUCUCAAAUUUUCAAAACAAUUCUAGCAAUUAUGCACUGAAAGCAAAAAGUUAUGGUGUAUUAAACCAUGUGUUUUAAACAUGAUGCAAUAGCAAAAAGAAAAAAAUCACAACAGAUUGUUCACAAUCUUCCAAAAUACUUUUAAAUGUGGCCAAAGAAGUUGCAAAUACAACAAGGAUUAUAAAAGUCUAGCUUGGCUACAGUAUGAUAAAACAGACUAAUCUCUUUUACUUUUGUGAAAAAGAUACAUUUUGGAGUAUUUAAAAUAAAAUAUGGUGCAUCUACACGGAGUCAUUUGUUUUCAUUUAUUUUUCUAAAUUUAAUUUAACUUGUCACAGUCUUUUAACCAAUUCUGUAUUAGUAAUUCAUUUCAAAUUUUACUGGACUAACUAUAUAUGUAAACCCAAUUCACUUUGUUUAGAAAAUAUGAAAAGAAAACAGUACUGUAUAAUAACUUGAUAUAGGUGUUCAUGAAUGGAGUCCAUAAGAAUGGCAUUUCUAAAUGCCAUAUCAAUACUUCAAAAGUGAUUUAUCUGACCAAGCUACAACUAAUGUCUGUAGCUCAUAAUUUCUUAUUUCUCAUGAAAAUAAAAGACUCUAUUAUUUGA